UUGAGACACACAACUCCUAUUACAGCAAAAAAAGAGUUUGCAGCUGUCGGAUCUCUCUCUCUCUCUUCUCCCCUCCUCUCUCUCUCUCUGUCUCUCUCUCCUCCCACCAGCUCUUAGUUUUUCCCUUCCUCUUCUAGUUAAACACAAACUCCUACUCCAAACAACCCAACCCAUGAAACAUUAACAACACAACAAACAACAAAAACAUCUCUCUCUCUCUCUCUGUAACUAGUUAUAUUUUGUGUAGUAUUGAGAGAAAGAACCAAAACUUCUAUUAGCAACCAUAUAUUUGAUGUACAUCAAGAGUUGAUGCACAAGAAGAAGAUCCCAAUUGUUGGUUUGAUGAUUUAGAUGCCAUGGCAUAUCAGCAUUAUCGAUCGCCGUUCGGCGACACGACUUUCACCAAAGUGUUCGUCGGAGGACUGGCUUGGGAAACGCCGACAGACGUAAUGCGCAGUUAUUUUGAGCAGUUCGGAGGAGAAAUUCUUGAAGCUGUCAUCAUCGCCGAUAAGAACACCGGAAAGUCUAAAGGAUACGGAUUUGUGACUUUCGGUGAUGCGGAAUCGGCAAGGAGGGCUUGUGCUGAUCCAAACCCUGUCAUUGAUGGGAGAAGAGCAAACUGUAACAUCGCUUCACUAGGGCGCCCUCGACCAUCAACGCCGCGAGGUAGAAAUCAAGGUGGUAGUAAUCCUUAUCACGGAGGUGCAGUGGCACAGGGUACAUCACCAUCAUCAUCCUACCGAGCACCGCCACCGGCACCAUUACCUCCACCACCUCCUCCUCCUGUCAUGUAUCCACCUUAUGGAAAUUCAUAUGUUUAUGUAACUGGGCAGAGUUUGUAUAACCCACAACUUCAGCAAGCACAAUAUUACCAUCAACUUUAUGGAGGGUCAUCAUCAACUAUGGGCUCUCCAUACUUCUAUGGAUAUUCCAUGCAAGCUUCAAGGGGACCAUUUCCUACGCCCCAGGCACAACGUAUCCAAGGACCAUCUUACCUUCACUAUCCUACGCAGAUGGAGGGGUCCUUCUCUCCCUAUCCAUCCCCCCCUCCUCUUCUACCCUUGCAACCACAACCACCACCAACAACAAUAAGGCAUCCCCAUCCUUCUUCCACUGAUUUACAGACUCCACAGUAUACCUCAACAAUAGAAACAGAAGUUGUUGCCAUUACUUCAGAAAGUCCAAAUACCUAAGGGAGAAACUCAUCCAAAUAUAUAUGGUUUGAUGAAAAGUUUUCAUUAUACAAUCUCAACAAGUUACUGUCCUCAUCUUUCUCUCUAAAUCUCUCUCUAAUUACUCAACUGGUCAUAAAUUUUUUUGUUUGGUCCAAAGCUAUAGCUAUUGGUGAAGGCCACUUGCAAUCUCAACAGCUAUGGGAGACAAAGAUGGACUAAGCAAUCAUCUUAUGCAGAUUAUUUAUUUAUUUAUUUAUUGCUCCAGACCAACAAAUUUUUUUUUUCUUUUCAUUUUUUUUUAAUAUUUUAAUUUGGGUUACUAAAUUAUGAAUGUAUGGACAGAAGGGAAUUGCAGCCCCUGCAAUGAAGAAAUUUUUCUAAAAAUAUUGUAGGCUUCUAAUUAAUUUUUCCCUAUUUUUUGUGGGAAAAGAAGUUUAAUAUAAAUGACAUGAACUUCUAUGUCAAAUUUGGACUGUGUUUAAGUUGAUCAAUUC